AUGAAGUCGACGGAACUUAAAAUACCUAUCAAAUCUAUUAAUGUAGCUAUAGAUGAUCUUGGGAGGGCUAGCCAGUUAUAUUCCGCGAAUAUUCUUGGCUUAUUUCCGCAUACGGGUAAAAGUCACCAUAUGGUUUUCGAGCCCCUAUUACAUAAAUUAGCCGAAAGAGGUCACAAUGUGACCGUUGCAUCAUUUUAUCCAUCCAAAAAUCCUCCACCGAAUUACCAUGAUAUCAGUUUACGAGGUAUGUAUGAAUUACGGCUUGAAUCGUUCGAUUUAAAUAUUUUUGAAGCUCCUAGUAUAUUGGACAGAAUACCAAAACUAGGGAAGAUGAUGAAACAAGUAUUGCAACUUCAGCCUUUCGCGGUUGCGUCUGUGAAAAUUUGUGAAAAGCUUAUAAACUUUUCACCGCUAAUAAAUGUAUUAAGGGACGAUUAUGAUGCUGUUAUAUUAGAAAAUUUUACCAGUGAUUGUAUGCUUGGUCUCCUUUACGCAUAUGGAAUAACAGCACCAGUGAUAUCUAUUCUGUCUGGAACACCCAUGCCUUGGACAGUGGAACGGGUAGGUGCUACUGAUAACCCUUCGUACGUACCAACAAUCACAGCUCCUUUGUCUUCUCGAAUGUCAUUAACGGAUCGUUUAGAAAAUACAUUGGUUAAUUUCGCGUUGAAGAAAUGGUUUUAUAAUGAAAUACAAACAAAAGAGAGAGCGAUUAUUGAAAAGAAGUUUGGUAGAAUUCCAGAUUUAGUUGAUUUAGGAAAGAACGUUUCUUUAGUUCUUACGAAUUCGUAUUAUACACUGACUGGAGUUAAGCCUCUUGUGCCUGCCCUAGUGGAAGUUGGUGGUUUACAUUUGGAUUUCCAGAAGCAACCUAUACCGAAGUUUAUCGAGAAGUUUCUCAAUGAAUCGAAUGACGGUGUCAUAUUAUUUAGUUUCGGGUCUCACAUAAAAACGAAAACAUUACCAAAGUACAAAGAGGAAAUCUUCUCUAAUGCACUUUCGAAGCUGAAGCAAAGAGUUAUUUGGAAGUACGAAGACAGUGGCGAGGAAGGAAAUCUCUCCGGAAAUAUCCUCAAAGUCAAAUGGUUGCCGCAGUACGAAUUACUCCAACACGAAAAGGUCAUUGCGUUUUUAUGUCACGGUGGCAUGCUCGGUAUGAUCGAGGCGACUGCAGCUGGUAAGCCGAUGAUCGUGGUGCCUUUCUUCGGUGACCAACCCUCGAAUGCAGCAGCGGCAGCUGAAGCGGAAGUUGGCAUCGUACUUUCUUAUCAGGACCUCACUGAAGAUGUCUUGAGUGAAGCUUUGGAAACUGUUAUCAGUGAUAAAAUGCGUGCGCAUGCGCGAAAAAUGUCAAAAAUAUGGCAUGACAGAGAGACAGCACCUAUGGACAAAGCUGUAUUCUGGACGGAGCACGUGAUGCGCUGGGGCAACUCUGCUCAUCUGCACUCCUCUGCAAGAGAACUCACAUUCACCCAGCUAUCGUUACUAGAUGUCGCUAGUAUCAUUAUUGUAAUUACAAUAAUAAUUAUUAUCGUAGCAUUUUAUUUUAUUGUAAAAAUAUUGCAAAUAUUUAAAAAUAUUACAAAGGAAAAGUUGCUUUAGAAGUGAAGGUUUUUCGAAUACAAACUUUCUGGUAUUAAAAAUAAAUGAUGCAUUCUUUCGAUCAACCCGUAAA